ACGCUUAUGGCAGUGUUUGAUGCUACCGGCAGUACAUUCCCACCUCCAGGGUACGCACAACCAUCGGCUAAGGGAGGAACCAUCGCCAACUGAAGGCCAUCAUAUUUGCAGGGUUUUUGCUUUCGGUAUAAAAAGCUGCAUCAGUACACUCGGACCGCAUCAGUUGCAGCGUUACCCAUCCAAACCCCAGAGGCAUACGCUCGUCCCAACUCCCGGCAGCACAAAAUGCAGACCACGAUCGUUAUCCUGCUUUUCGCCAGCCUGUUGGCAAUUGGUUUCGCAGCACCCCGGCCCGGUGCGGAAGAAAAGGACGCCCAAGUGCUGAAGUACGACAACGACCACAACGGAAUCGAUGGCUACAACUUCCAGUUCGACACGAGCAACGGCAUUCAGCGGCAGGAGCAGGCCGAGCUGAAACAGUUUGACGAUGAAAAUUCGGCCCUUGUCGUCCGUGGGUCCUACUCAUUCACUGCCGAUGAUGGGCAGGUGUAUACGGUCAACUAUAUUGCCGAUGAGAACGGAUUCCAGCCGGAAGCACCACAUCUGCCAAAGUAAGCGAAGCUGUGGUUAAUCCUAACGGAGAUGAUCCUGUUUUUAUUCGUUGAUUAAAGGAUGUUAAUUACAAAUGUCUAAAA